CAUCCAUUUAUUUUUAUAUAUCACUUUUUCUAAAAGUUAUUUCAUAAAAAAAUUGUUCAUUAAAAUGAGUUCAUUUAUCGCAUAUACAUAGGAAGAAAGCCAAAAGCCAAACAAAACCUUGUUAGACGGCUGGAUAUCCAAAAUUUCUGGGAAUAAUUCAUUCUUCACAUCGCCUAAUCGAAUAUUACACCUACAAAACAAAACAUCGAUUGACUAUUUUCUAAUGUGAGUUUAGCUUUGGAUUAGAGUCGCAUAUUCUAUUCGCAUAUCUCUUUAUCCUCGUAUCUUCUUCUUGUUUUCUCCAAUAAACAUCACUUCAUCGUUUUUUAAUCUUUCUUACACCCUUCCUAUAAAAAUCGCCAAACGACGUAAUAAUUGCUAACCAAAAUCUUCUCAUUUCAGCAACAUGAACUACGAGAAUUAUGAUCCUUCUUUCCCUGACCAGCCAGUGGUCGACCUUUAUCUCCCUGUUUGGGCUAGACUCCCGUCCUUCUCGUCCAAACCAGCCUUCAUCUGGGCUGAAGAUGGGUCUAGUGGUGCAACCAAGGCUUCAGUUCUUACCUAUUCUCAGCUCAAUGAUUCAACUCAGUUGAUUUCUAAUCAGUUACAUGAGCUCUUGCCUAGAGGCAACACUGUUAUCGUUUUAAGCCCACCUGGUCUUGAGCUCGUUGAGGUCAUCUUUGGGUGUCAAAGAGCUGGCCUUUUGAGCGUACCCAUCUUUCCACCUGAUCCUUCUUUCGCUAAUGGAAACUAUCACCAUCUUGUUAGAGUUCUUUCCCAAACAAAGCCUAAAGUUGCCAUAGCUGACCAGGAUUAUAUUGCUAGUGUUCAACGGUAUCUCUCCUCAUCCUCUAGCAAUCAGAAGCUUAGUGAAUUGUUGCAGAAGCUCAUCUGGAUUUCUACUUGUGAUCUCAAAGGUAAAAAAGUUGGUUUAAGUAUGGAUUCUUCGUCGUAUAAUGGUUGUAGGCCAAAUGAAGUGUACUUGAUUCAGUACACUUCUGGUGCUACUGGGAUUCCAAAACCAGUGCUGGUGACUGCAGGAUCAGCUACUCACAACGUAAGAGUCGCGAGGAAAGCUUACGAUCUUCAUCCAAACAGUGUGAUAGUCUCUUGGUUGCCUCAGUACCAUGACUGUGGCCUUCAGUUUUUGUUGCUUACUGUUGUAUCUGGGGCUACAUGUGUAUUAACUUCACCUGGAGAGUUUAUUACCAGGCCACGGCUAUGGCUGGAGCUGAUCUCAGAGUUCAAAGCUACCUGCACUCCAGUUCCAUCCUUCACAUUGCCACUUGUUGUCAAGCGUGGUGGGGUUGAACAGGGAACUCGACCUGUAACUCUAUGGAGUUUGAAAAACUUGAUCAUCAUCAACGAGCCAAUUUAUAAGGCACCAGUUGAAGAGUUCAUUGACGUGUUUAAGCCUUUUGGGCUUGACCCAUCAUGCAUUUCCCCAUCUUACGGCUUAGCAGAGAACUGCACAUUCGUUUCAACAGCGUGGCGAUGCAAUGGCAACUUUGGUAGUUUUCCAUCUUACAACAAGCUCUUACCGAGUGCAAGGCUCAGUUGUCAACAUGAACAAGAUGAUGAGGACAUGGACAUCAUAGUUGUAAACGAAGACACACAUGAAACAGUUCCGGAUGGGAUCGAAGGUGAGAUUUGGAUCUCAUCACCAAGCAAUUGUUCUGGUUACCUUGGCCACCCAUCUUUAACUCGCGAGAUAUUCCAAGCGAGACUCAGAAACAAGGUGAGCAGAUGCUUUGUCCGCACCGGCGACAGAGGAAUCGUGGGAGGAGAAGAACGAUUUCUAUAUAUUACAGGACGAUGUUCAGAUGUUAUAAGACUCCGAAAUGGCCAAGAAAAACACCCUCACUACAUAGAAACAGCGGCUUAUAAUUGUUAUCCAGAUUUUCUCAGAGGAGGUUGCCUCGCUGCAAUCCAGAUUUCAGACAAGGUAGCUCUUGUUGCAGAGACACAAAGAAGAGAAAAUAAUGUUAGUGUCUUGAGGCAAAUAUGUGAAGGAAUAAAAAAAGGUGUUAUGGAUGAAGAAAGAGUUGAAAUCGGGCUGAUUGUUCUUGUAAAGAGUGGAAAUCUUCCGAAGACAACUUCAGGAAAAAUUCAAAGAUGGGCAACCAAAGAAAAGCUUGUUGGAGGCAAAAUGAGCAUAAUUAUGGAGAUGUUAUUUGACAAUAACAAUAAUAAUUGUAAUAACAUUAGCUUGUCGUCUUCGUCUGGACAGUUGCUCCAAGCAAAUAAGAGUAUGGAGGAAGCAGGAAAUGCAAGAACAUUGAUGGCCGAAGGGAGAGAAGAGAUCUCUCUAACGCUUUCAAACGCAGCAACUCGUCCCUCCUUGCUGUCACUUUUGUGAGAGCGACAUUCAUAUAUUUCUGCAUAUUUCCAGGGAAUAGCUUAAUUUGAUUACGAGAAGUCACUUCCCCACGGUUAGAAGAAGAAGUAAGCUAUUGUUUGCGAAAAAUAUAAAAAAAAAAAAAAAUU